CCAUAGCAAGUUCACUCCAUCCCCGACUGUACAACCAGCAGCAGCAUUCAAUUCUCCAUCCUUCAAUUAUGGCUUACUCAGCCAAUAAUUUUACCCUCUUCCUUCUCAUUUCCCUCUUAUCCACGUUUCAUUCUCAUGCAAGAGACAGCCAACUCUUUAACAAAGUUCCUAGCACCACCACCACCACCAAUGUCCCAUACAAAGAAGACCCUCUAAGCAGCCAAGAGCAGGAACCAAAUUUUCUUCCACAAAAUGAAAAUGGCUAUGGCCUUUAUGGUCACGAGUCCGGCCAACUCCCGCCUUCCACCACCAUCACCACCACCGCUACAAUGAUUCCAUACAAUACUAAAUCAGAAAGACCCCUUAACAAGUAUCUCCCUGAAAACUACAACCCUGUGGCCUAUGUGACAGAAUCACAAGACAAAAAUAACGGCAAAGGUUUCACAGAAGAAAGUUACAGCACCAGAACUAACAACGACAACAACAACUACUAUAAUGGUGUCGAUAGUUUCAAUGAGCGGCCAGAGCCGAAAGGCACCAGGUUCAACGGUGGCGGAAGUUACUCCACCACUCUAAACAACCGUGAGAAUUAUUAUAACAACGGCGGCAGACCUAACUUCGAACCUCAAGGAUUGAGUGACACAAGAUCAAUGGAGAAUGGGAAAUACUUUUAUGAUGUCAACAGUGGAAAAUAUAGCAGCGACCACCCAUAUGAGAGCUUGAAAGGAGUUCGUACAAGGAAUGAGUACAACAACAAGAAUUAUUAUGGGAACAAAGAGAAUUCAUACGAGUAUAAUGACAAGUACUCCACGGAAGGACAGUAUCGAGAUGAGUUCCAAGAUGAAGCGGAUAUGCCUUGAAAUUUGAGAGAGCAAAACUGAAAAUGAAUUUCUCAAUCAUCAAUGGUGGUUUUCAAUGUGAAAUUUAUGGAUAAUAAUUAUUAAUAGAGCAAAAGUAUAAGUGCAGAUUUUUAUUUAUGUGUUUUUUAUAUACUUCUGUUUCGAAAAAUUGGAAUAUGAGCUUAUGAUUUUGUAUCGUGUAUUCGUGUGAUAUACAAUUGAAUAAAUUAUGUGUUAA